CAGGAGGGUUUUCCUCUCCGAGACUCCGACUCGUGCCUCUGCCUCGCUCAAUCCGCUCGAUUCCGCCAUGGCUUCCGACGGGAGCAAAAAUUCAAAAUCAGAGGAGCCGUCUUCAGCAGCUGGUGCAGGCCUCCCCAAUCCUUUCGAUUUGUCCUCUAUGAGCAGCUUGCUCAAUGAUCCAUCGAUAAGAGAGAUGGCAGAGCAAAUUGCAAGUGACCCUGUGUUCAACCAGAUGGCUGAACAGCUUCAGAAAAGUGCCCAAGGUGCCGGAGAACAGGGUAUUCCUGCAUUGGAUCCUCAACAGUACAUGGAAACGAUGCAACAAGUCAUGCAAAAUCCUCAGUUUGUGUCAAUGGCAGAGCGCCUUGGGAAUGCACUUAUGCAGGACCCUUCUAUGUCCAGUAUGCUCGAGAACUUGACUAGUCCAGCUCAUAAGGAGCAGCUUGAAGAGCGAAUGGCCCGUAUCAAGGAAGAUCCAUCCUUGAAGCCGAUACUUGAUGAGAUAGAGAAUGGUGGUCCGUCUGCAAUGGUGAAGUACUGGAAUGACCCCGAGGCUCUUCAAAAGAUUGGCCAGGCAAUGGGAGUUAACCUUCCUGGAGAUUCUAGCGCUUCCACUGUACUCUCUGGAACUGAAGAGACUGAGGAGGACAGCGGGUAUGACGAUGAGUCCAUUGUUCAUCACACUGCAAGUGUUGGUGAUGCAGAGGGUCUGAAGAAAGCUUUAGAUGGUGGAGCAGACAAGGAUGAAGAAGAUGCUGAAGGAAGAAGGGCCUUACAUUUUGCAUGUGGCUAUGAUGAGUUGAAGUGUGCGGAAAUCCUUCUGGAGGCAGGGGCUGCAGUGGACGCACUGGAUAAGAACAAGAACACUCCAUUGCAUUAUGCUGCUGGAUAUGGUCGGAAGGAGUGUGUGGAUCUUCUAUUAAAGCACGGUGCUGCUGUUACGCUUCAAAAUCUGGAUGGGAAGACCCCCAUCGAGGUUGCCAGGCUCAACAAUCAGGACGAAGUUCUCAAGCUGCUGGAGAAGGACGCAUUCCUAUAAAACCGGUGCUCAUAUAUUCACAUCAAGUCAUCAAAGAUCAAACUCUUGGUUUUCAUCCAUCCUGUGAACUUGUGGGCUGGGCAUGUUCUUGUUCAUAUGGAGGUGUUACACUUGUUACAAGAAUUGCCAUGAAUCAGGACUGCAAGGUCCUUUCGAAGGUUUUUUCAGUUUUUCAUGACAAGCGAACUUGCGAGUGUUUACUUUGUCAUUAGCGUUUUUGAAAUUAAGCUCCAAGAUCAUUCCUUCCUCUUUUCCGUUUGUGGGUUUCAUGUAAAAUCUCGUGGAAACUCAAAAACCCAUCCGUAAUAUAUACUUUCUUUGGAUAAAA